UCCUGGGCUUGCUCAAGGGCCUGUAUCCCCAGACCUUCUGCACACACCCCACCCUACAUGCAAAUUGCAGCCAAAUCCUCCUAGCUCCGCGAUUAACUUGGCCUCUUUACCCAUGCAAAACAGGCACCCAGGAGGGUCGGGCAGCACCCUGCCUCCCAGGGCCCUCAGCCCACUCUUACACCCCACUCAGGGUCUGAGUUAGAGAGAAGUGGGACCAGAACGAGGAUGGGGGUGAGGGCUGCUCUGGAUACUCAGGAGUCCAUCUUGCAGCCUCCCUGGGCAGGGAUGAGGCUGUCCUACAAAUCCAGGGCUGGGCCUUGUCAGGCUCCUUUUCUCUGCCAAGAACGGAAAGUUUUCUCUCCAGCUAAUCAGUCCCACUGGGUAGAGGAGGCCCGGGGGCCUCGUUACUAGGUCCCUGUGGCACGGUCCAGGGCCUGUUCCCCAGCAUCAUCACGCAGACCUCAGGAAGGGCCAGUGGGUGGUACUGUCCAAUGGGCACUAGUCCCUGGGAGCAGGCAGAAUCUGCGUCCUGGGGCUGCGGCUGCAGACCCAGCUCCUUUGCUUCUCUUGUCCACCAGCCUCAGGCUGGCUACCUCCGACGCCCCCGACGCUAUGGAGGAGUGGGAUGUGCCCCAGAUGAAGAAGGAGGUGGAGAGCCUCAAGUACCAACUGGCCUUCAAAAGGGAGAUGUCCUCCAAGACGAUCCCCGAGCUUCUCAAGUGGAUCGAGGAUGGGAUCCCCAAGGACCCCUUCCUGAACCCUGACCUGAUGAAGAACAACCCUUGGGUAGAGAAGGCCAAGUGUACCAUCCUGUGA